GUGUUCAUGAUGACUUACUGACAUAAAGAGUUUCUGAUCUACCUGCUGAUUCAACAGAGAGGAGCAGCUAUGAGUUCAACAGCAGCAGCCAGUGGAUUUGUCGUCUUCCUUCUCUCUGUACAAGAGAGGAGCAGCUAUGAGUUCAACAGCAGCAGCCAGUGGAUUUGUUGUCUUCCUUCUCUCUGUACAAGUGAUACAGAGUGAGGAUGGCUGGGGAGUGACUUACACUCCUACUGAGGUCUGUGCUGUAGAAGGAUCAACAGUGGAAAUACACUGCACCUACACAUACCCAUCUAGAAUACAGCACCGUGAUAUCAAGGAAGCAUUCUGGUUCAAACAGAAAGGUGGUGAACCUGUGGAUCUGAGAACAGACUCUGAGUAUUCAGGUCGUGUGCAGUACAGAUGUUAUGAGAAGAAGUGCACUCUGAUUAUUAAAAACGUGAGAGAGAGUGACUCAGCUGAGUACAAGUUCAGGUUCGGGACAAACAAACAAUAUGAGAAAUAUACUGGUUCACCUGGAGUCUUCUUGUCUUUCACAGGUCUCCAGGUGAAGGUGAGCAGAUACGAGCUUAACCGGCCGUGGCUGAAGUGUCACAGCAGUUGUGGUCUGCCUGAUAAUCCUUCCUACAUCUGGUACAAGAAUGGACAGCACAUCAAGGCAGAAUCCUCUUCUUAUCAUUCAGUCGACUUUGGUUCUGCAGACAGCUACUCCUGUGCUGUAAGAGGAUCUGAGAAUCACCGUUCUCCUCCAGUGUCUACAUACACCUGGUACAAGAGGAAUGGAUAUUUAUCGUCUCGACCUCUCAGUGAAGAACCUCAGCUGGUCUUCAGCUCCAUCCAGUCCUCUGACUCUGGACAGUAUUACUGCACAGCUGAGAACCAGCUGGGGACGAAGACAUCUGAACACAUCUCUAUUAAUGUGACAUCUAACUACACCUGGUACAAGAAGGAUGUAAAUCCAGACCCUCCUCCUCUCAGUAAAGAACCUCAGCUCGUCUUCAGCUCCAUCCAGUCCUCUGACUCUGGACAGUAUAACUGCACAGCUGAGAACCAGCUGGGGACGAAGACAUCUGAACACAUCUCUAUUAAUGUGACAUAUGCUCCAAAGCUUCCCUCUGUGUCAGUGAGUCCCUCUGAUGAGAUAGUGGAGGGCAGUUCAGUGAAUCUGACCUGUAGCAGUGAUGCUAACCCAGCAGCUAACUACACCUGGUACAAGGAGGGUGAAGACUCACCAAAAGCAUCAGGACAGAUCUUCACCAUCACUGACUUCAGAGCUGAACACAGUGGGAAUUAUUACUGUGAAGCUCAGAACAACAGAGGACGUAGUAACUCCACCUUUCAUCUGAUUACUGUGGCUGUUUCCCAAGGAUCAAUGACAACAGUAGCUGUUGGAUCAACUGUUGCUAUUUUACUGGCUAUCAUAAUCCUCGCUGCCUUCCUGUUGAUUAGAAGAAAGAGGUCCUCGACACAAACUAGUGAGCCUGGAGAGAGACCAGACAACGACGCUCAGAGUGCAACAGCGGAGCAGCAGGAAGAGCUUUGCUAUGCCAGCGUGAGCUUCUCUAGAAACCAGGAAGAGGUUCUCUACUCCAACGUCAGCUCAGCUCGACCCCACAGACGCAAGGAGGAAGAGGAGGAUGUGGAGUACACAAGUGUCAAAUUUAAGAGUGCCAGUGCUACCAACGAAUCAAGAGGUCAAGGAGCAGUGGAUGAUUUAUCUGCACUGUACAGCAAAGUCAGCAAACAACCAAGAGUAUGAACACAACCAUGAUCUGUGGUCUGUUACUUUACAGUGUUAACACAAAUGUAUGAAUAUGAGGUUUUACAUACCGUAUUUACCAUCGUUAUGAUGUCCAGCAGAGUACUAGUAUCAGGUAGCAAAUGGGUGGUCAGCUUGUAAUAUAUAAAUAGCCAUUAAAUACAGAAUUAUCUUGAAAAUGUUACUUAGGAGUAAUAUUCUACUGCCAGUGGUAGCAGCUUUCAAACAUGGUAGAAUUAUAAAGUAUAUGUAUGUAAAAUAGUAUUCAUUCUGUGAAAGAAGUUUAAAUGAACAUAUUAAUAUAGUUGGUGGGAUGGGAGUUGUCUGCUGUUCUUCACCCCCUUUCUCAAGAAGAUAAACCAAGAAGAAGUCAGAAGAAACUGUGCUCUUCUACUUUAACGCUUAUUGGGGAUCUCCACCCUUGAGCAAACUGCCGCAUAUGGACAGAAAUUCAUCAUUAUUCAUUGUACUCCUCCUGUUCUUUAUUCAUUCCAUUAAUUUUGUUUAUUAAUUGUGUAUUCAUUUGUUUUGUUUUUAGUAGUUUAGUUAUGCAGUUAGUCCAAUAAAUCUUUCAUUUAUGAAGAACUUGAUUUGUGUGUAUAUGAAAUAAUGAGUCACUGUUCACCAUGACAAGAACUCCGUAGUAACCCUGAAAUUGAGACAGUUUUCCUUAGUUUUCCAAAAAUUGGGUGGGGUCCUAAAUUUAAUGUAAUGUUAAAUUCUGUUCCUUUUAUGUCUUAUGGCGGAAGCUGAUACGUCCCUGCUCUUCUGUUGGUUGCACAGCAUUAGGGACGGUUAUGUUGAUUGGUCGGUCGGUCAGUCAUUCCAUCACUUCAGUCCAACACUUCGGUCCAGACUUAAAUAUCUCAACAACUUUUACCAUGAAAGGUUUUACUGACAUUCGUUAUCCAUUGAAGAUGAAUCAUACAGCCUUUGGUG